GUCCACUGUCCCGGCGAUAACCGCAGUCUGUCUCCGUCUGUCCGCAAAACCUCGAUGAGAAAAAGCUAAUUUUUAGGAUUUCUUUGUGCUAGCUGCUGAUUUAUCAAGACUGCUGCUGAAAUAACAAACUGUGACCUUUGACCUAAAGUUCGGCCGCUUCAUUGGGCAGAAAAAAUAGAAUUAAAGUCAGAAAAUGAGAGAAACAAAGUGUGUUUUAACGUGUGUUUGUGUUGCAGCUCCGCCGGUGUCCAGCAGAGGGCGCCAGGACACCUGCAGCUCACAGAGGACGCCGUCACACCUGAAACCAUCAGCUGACAGGCGGCCUCGCAGCCCGCUCAAUGAUGCUGUUGUUUCCAGCUCCGGCCAAUCACUUUCUCCGCCUCGCCAAAGGGGGGGGGGGCUCCCUCUCAGAGAGCUGCUCUGUGAGGACUCGGAGCUGGCAGCCGGCGCAGGAUGUCCCCCGGAGGAGCAGCGAGGAGCGCCCGCCUCCCGACGGCGAGGAGGUGAAGACGCGCAGAGCGGCCGCAGACUCGGCGCCGUCAUGGACCCGGGCGCUCACGCUCUGGAGCUGUCGGGGGUGCUGGUGUGCGGCGCCGCCUGGCUGUGCUCGCUGGCCACCACGCUGAUGUCCACCUGGCUGACGCUGUCCACCGACCUGCUGCCGACCGAGAGCUACGAGCUGGGCCUGUGGGAGACGUGCGUGGUGCAGGACCUCGGCACGAUCGAGUGCCGCCCCUACGACGGCCUGCUGGGCCUGCCGCCCGACAUCAAGCUGGCCCGCAUCCUCAUGUGCGUCACGCUGGCGGCGGGGCUGCUGGGGCUCCUGCUCGCCAUCCCCGGCAUGCGCACCGUCAACAGCUGCCACGACCGGCUGGACAAGAGGGCGCUGAAGAUGGCGGCGGGGGCGCUGUGCCUGGCGGCGGGCGUCCUGGGGCUCGUCCCGGUCUCCUACAUCGCCCACAUGGCGGUGCUGCGGUUCUUCGACGAGACGGUGCCGGAGAUGGUGCCGCGCUGGGAGUUCGGGGACGCUCUGUUCUGCGGCUGGACGGCCGGCGUGCUGCACCUGGCGGCGGGGACGCUGCUGCUGGCGUCCUGCUUGUGUCUGCAGAAGGACCGCUGCAACGCGCACGUCCACGUCCCCCUGGUGAGGGUGAGGACGCCGCCGGGAGGGCCCCACAUCAGGACCAAAACCGAGUACGUCUGAGACCAGUCUGCUCCAAAAACCGCUUCAGACCCCGAGACCUCCAUCAGACGGUCUGCAGAGAGACGAGACGCCGUCGAAGAUCAGAGCGUUUAACCCCUUCAGCUCAGAGACACUGAGCAACUUUGGACACAAAGAAAGUUCAAAAGUGCAAGAAAAUGUCUUAAAGAAUUAGUGGGAAAAAGAAAAAAGCAGAAAAAGCAACCUGGAAAAAAGUGCUUGAAAAGAAUAAUAAUUGUCUAAAAUAAUUCCAGGUUUCCAGGUUUAUGGAUGUGA